CUUAUUUGGUGUUUUAUAGCGAUAAAGAGGGGGUGAAGCGCGGAUUUUCGAGGUCAGGGGGAACAAAUGGAGACGUUUAAAUAUUUAUAAAUUAAUUUCUAUUAGUCCGCUGUCAAAGUCAGAUGACUUUUGUCAUGAUUCGCUAUUGAUAUCGGCGAUGUUUACUGUGCAGCCAGAUAAGUUCCCCUAAAGGGUAGCCAGUAACUGGAGCCUCUAGCCUUCAACUGCCUAAAUAUUAGGCAGGAAAAAUCAAAAGAAGACGAUAUCUUUUAUUUCACUUGGGUUGUGGGCUGGCGGCAAGCCAAUAAUUUACUCUGGAGCAGGACACGGAGGAUAGUAUGGCCAUGACGGGAGGGACUGCAGCUGCCCUGCCCAUGAGCAACCACACCCGGGAGAGGGUGACCGUGGCCAAGCUGACACUUGAAAACUUCUACAGCACUCUGCUCACCCAGCACGAGGAGCGAGAGAUGAGACAGAAGAAGCUGGAGAAAGCCAUGGAGGAAGAGGGUUUACCUGAUGAGGAGAAAGUAAUGCGGCGUUCCCAGCAUGCACGUAAGGAGACAGAGUUUCUGCGACUGAAGAGAACGCGGCUCGGCUUGGAUGACUUUGAGUCUCUCAAAGUCAUUGGGCGAGGUGCUUUUGGAGAGGUGCGUUUGGUGCAGAAAAAAGACACAGGGCACAUAUAUGCCAUGAAGAUUUUGAGAAAAGCUGACAUGCUGGAGAAAGAGCAGGUUGCUCAUAUCCGGGCAGAACGUGACAUUCUAGUAGAGGCAGACGGUGCCUGGGUGGUUAAGAUGUUCUACAGCUUCCAGGACAAGAGGAACCUCUACCUCAUCAUGGAGUUCCUGCCUGGAGGUGACAUGAUGACUCUGCUGAUGAAGAAGGACACUCUUUCUGAAGAGGCCACCCAGUUCUACAUUGCAGAGACAGUCCUGGCCAUCGACUCCAUCCACCAGCUGGGCUUCAUCCACAGAGACAUCAAACCAGACAACCUGCUGCUGGACUCCAGGGGACACGUCAAACUGUCAGAUUUUGGCUUGUGUACAGGGCUGAAGAAAGCUCAUCGAACAGAAUUUUAUAGAAACCUGACGCAUAACCCGCCCAGUGAUUUCUCUUUUCAAAACAUGAACUCCAAGAGGAAAGCAGAGACAUGGAAGAAGAAUCGAAGGCAGCUGGCUUAUUCUACAGUAGGAACUCCUGACUAUAUUGCACCUGAAGUCUUCAUGCAGACGGGAUACAACAAGCUUUGUGACUGGUGGUCUUUGGGUGUCAUCAUGUAUGAGAUGCUAAUUGGUUAUCCACCUUUCUGCUCGGAGACGCCGCAGGAGACGUACAGGAAGGUGAUGAACUGGAAAGAAACACUCGUCUUCCCCCCUGAAGUCCCCAUCUCAGAGAGGGCCAAAGACUUGAUAUUAAGGUAUUGCACUGAUGCUGAGAACAGGAUCGGAGCUGUGAGCGUGGAGGAGAUAAAGAGUCAUCAGUUCUUUGAGUCAGUCGACUGGGAACACAUCAGGGAGCGGCCUGCAGCCAUCUCCAUUGAAAUCAAGAGCAUCGACGACACCUCUAACUUUGAUGACUUCCCUGAAUCAGACAUCCUUCAGCCAGCUAGUGCAACAGAGCCGGACUUCAAAUCAAAGGACUGGGUCUUCCUCAACUAUACGUACAAACGUUUCGAGGGUCUGACUCAGCGAGGAACCAUCCCUACAUACAUGAAGGCGGGGAAGGCCUGACAGGCCGCAACGCUGAGACGAUGUCAUAGAAUUACAAAAAACAGACGUUUACGGACACAGGGUCGGGCCCCGGAGCCCUGCUGGUGCUGAAGGCUGUGCUGUCAGCCUCUCAGUAUAAUUUAACCCUCAUCACAAGUUAUUUAGGUUUGCUCAGCCUCGGCAAGAAUGCCAAGAGCUCAGAAGUUAAGGAGCGUUGCCGCAUUACCUCGGUUGUUUGUAUCGUAUACACGUGCCGUCUUUAGCCAUAGCUCUCAGGCCAGUUCUACAACACUAAAUCAGCAUACAAUGCAUGUAAAGCAGCUUCUGGAGAGGAGGUUUUAACUGCCUAUACACAACAGUGAGAAUGAGGAUGGAAAACAAAUCACUGCUUUGACAUCUUCACUGCGAUAGUUUUGACACUGGGAGAAAAAUUAGCUCUGAUGCAAACAUAAUUUCAAACACUGAAAAAAAGCUUGGUACACUGAAGUCAAACUUUAAAGGAUAGGUGAGUAAGACUAGUCCCUGCCCUCUCUUCUCACCCAUACUGUCAUAUCCUGAUUUUAAAGGGAGGUUCCAGCAUGAUUUGUGAGGUUUUGGCUCAUUUUUCACUUUGUUUCCAUUUCUAAAUCUUACUGAUGGAGAUAGCAAAUUGACUGUAUAAAGUAUUUAAGCUAUAAAACCAUAUUUUUUGGUUUUAUUUAACUAGAGAUGUAGCCUAGACCACCUGUGGCCCAACUCUGGUUUAAAGGCAUUUUGUAAAAUUCAAGGAUAGAUGCACCUCAGCUGAGACUCUUGGAUUCAGCACCCUGAAACUACCAAAAGAGGGAGAGGAGGUUAAUUAUAAGUGUAACGUAGUUUUUGUGGUUGUGGCUCGGUAGUAGAGCCGGUUGUUUCUAAACAGAAAGGUCAGGGGUUUGUGCUCCAGCUCCUGCAGCCACAUGUCUGUGUGUCCUCGGGCCAAAGACUUAAGCCCAAAUGGCUCCCGCUGCGAAGUCAGUGGAGUGUCAGUGCAUAUGAAUGGGACGGCCACUUUACACAGCAGCCUUCACCAUAAGUGCAUGAAUCGGUACGUGUGAUCUGUGGUGUAAAAAGCGUUUUAAGUAGUGAGAUGCCUAGAAGAGUGCUUUAAAAGCAAAGUCCAUUUAGUUUUUCUCAGUAAUGUUUAGACAGAAAGCGUUAAGUGAACGAGCAGAGCUUCAGAUGAUGCUGGAACCUUCCUUUCACCCCACGACGCUGAUGAAACACUGAGCGACUUUGUGUGGCAACUCUUCCUGUGGUACCGCCUCAGCGCUGACAAACAGCUGUUGCCAGGAAACAUGAAUGCAGUUAACCCUGUGCUUGACAUCCGUUACUGCUGAGUGUUGCUCAUUCACAUAUGGCAAACAAACGGCCCGAGCGUGUCACUUCCCCUUUAGAGGCAGCUGUUUUGUUCAGAGCAGUGCCACAGUAAUUAAUACUUGCCCUGAUUUUAAUUCUAAGGAACCCCGCGGUCAAUCAAGUUCUUCUUAGAUGGACAUGUGAAGUGCCUUUAAAUAGAUGACAGAUUUAACCAGAUGUUUUAGCAGUCAGAAGAUUAGAUGGUAUUGAAAAUAAUGAUAGAGCUGCAGGAAAAAGUAGGAAUAGAGGAAAAAUGAAAACAAAAAUGCAUGGUUUGUAAGUCAAACACAUAGAGAUGUGUCAAAGUUAGUGAUUAAAUGUGAAGCAGUAAAAGAAAUAAAAAAUUUGAGUUGAACAAAAUGAAGAUUUUUUUAGAGGUUGGAUAAUAAGGAGCAGUAUCAUGUAAAGAUAAAACUAAAUAGAAACUAAAUAAAGACAGAUUAACACUGAAGAUAUUGUAGACAUGUUUUAAGUUUUUAAAUGUCUUCAUUUUUUAUAAUAAUUCUUUAGAGCUAUAAGUGAACAUGCAAUCACUUUACUUGGUUUCCCCAUGAUGACAAGCAAUCUUUGGUUGUUUUCCUCAAGAUCUUGACUUAUUUAUUUAGUUGUCUCAGGAAAACGAGGCUUGUUUUCCCAUGAUAACGAGUAAAUUUGAUUUAGUAACUCAUUGUGUUGUUAUCCUGAGAUAAUUGGAUAAACAUGUCACAAUCCUGUCAAAGCAACUCAUCUUGGGAAGACUGAGAAGUAAAAAUAAAUAGAUGCAUGUCAUCUUAGGGCCUCCAUAGAUUCCAAUGAGUUCUAUUCACUCAAAAGGGUCAAUUGUACCUUGCAUUAAACUUGCAUGGACAUCCAUCUCAGGCUUUUGGAUACCAAGUUGACGGCACUUGGUGUGCAUCCACAUAAAAAAAAAAAAAAAAAAAAAAAAAAAAAACCCUGUUCAGCAACAACCUAAAAGUGGAAUUCUCUUGCCUCUUUUUAAAAUAACAGUACACACAUUGUUUCACUGAUGUAGAGAUCCUUGCAUGCUAUGUACAGCAAAACCCCUGGCAGAUUUUUAUAAUCCUAACCCUAAACCUGUUUGGUUCACCAACAGCCAGAAUCUCCACACUCGAAAAAACUCAGAAUCUCACACAGUCAAACAUGACUAAAAGGGAUGUUUUGGUAUUUUAGAAGGUGAAAGUGUUGUAAGAUGUACUUGGCAAUAUUAGGGUCAUUCUCCUCCAGAGAUUUAAGUGAGUAUUGCUCCUUCAAGCAGGGCAUUCUUGAAGAAGCGAGGCUAAAUAGUGCUACAUAAACUUUCUAGGAUGACAAGUUUCCACUCAGCUCUUCUGGUAGGGUUGGCUUCUCUAUUUCAACUUCAAAUGUACCGAAAUAUCCCUUUAUGAGUAAACAAGCCAAAUGUGGCUAGCUGUAGCCAUCUGCUACAUCCAUAUAGUGGCAAUGCCAGUCCUCUCUUGUCAAUUAGUUUGUGGUAUGUUUUACAGGACACGUUUAAACACCUGUAUUGUUACCACAAAUCAACAAGUUGCUACUGGCUGCGUUUGCUGUGCUUCCUCUUUCUGUCAGUUUGCCUCCUGAUUGGCUGUUGUUCCAUAACAGUCUUGUUCAUACCUGCUUGGCUGUCCUCAGCUUUUCCCCACACAAUAGAUCCAAAAUCGGAGCAGCUCUUAUUGUCUUCUGAGCAGAUCAAAGAGAGAAAGAUCAUGGUAAACACACAUCAAAGCAUAGGAAAAACUGGUAAAUUGAUCUCUGAUAAUCAGACCUUUGCUGACUUUGGUCUUAAGGGGGGAAUCAGGCCAAAUAAGUGUGAUUAUCUUGUAGUGUGUGCAAGGCUUUGGUGAAUAAACCCUGUGGGUUACUGGCUAGUAAGUAAUGUGUUAUUCCUGAUUGAGCCCGUUCUAAGAGAAAGCUCUUUUAUCUGAAUAGCAGGAGUCAGCUCCCUUUUGAGAGCUGGCUUCCUUUUCUCCAUUUUUGUGUUUUAAUACACAUAAAGAAGCAACCUCAUAGCUUACUGGCGAUGAGAUGGUCUAAAAUGCAUGCCAGUACGUGUAGCGCCUACACAGCCAGUCCAAUCCGGAUGAAGGCAUCCUAGACCACCUCUGCUUGCAGUUUGAGCUAUCGAGUCGUCUUGGUGUUAGAUUGCCUGAAAUGGAUGUUGAUCUGUGUUAGUGCAGGAUGUAAACAGGGUCAAAAAGAGUUAUUAUGUAAAGCUAAACCGAGGUCUGUCCUCAAUGAAAAACAACAUUUAACUGUCACGUUUGCUCAGAGUUGUUACUAGACAAGGCGCUAAAAAGUAGUUACCAAAGAGCUCUGAUCAUCCCUCAUUGUGAUCUGAACACAAAUUCAGAUGUAGCUGCACUCAACUCGAUACUACCUUCAAACAAACACCUUUACAAGAGAGCUAAACAUUGUUGAGGAAUAAUUUGCCAUUUAUAUUAUUUCUACACUUUUUAAAGUGUGCCAAGGCAGAUGUUUCUAAUUUAGCUCUUCUGCUAUGUGUCAAAAUGCAGGAAAAAAUGUACAUACAGGGACAGGAAACGUUAGGAGGACUUUAAUGUUCAGCUGUAGCUAUCACAUAGAUCCCAUUUUGAACAGUUUGUGGUGCUAUUUCUGAGGAAAAGAUGGAGAAAUUAUGUGGUGUUGAUGUUUAUUAUGAGAGGGACAGAUUAUAAUAGCCUGUGUCAUUUUAUUUUAUUUAACUGUAAAAAAGGCUGAGAACACUCCAGAAAGAAACAAACAUAAGCAUGAUUGAAAUUUAAAUUGAAAAUGAUAUUUAUAUUCCUACUCUCUAUAAUAUGUUUAUGUUCUUAAAAUGAGAACUGAGCUAAAAUUAAUUUAGACUGGAUUUAUUUCAUGGAAGUUGAUUCCACUACUUAUUAAAGGGGCACUCCAGCUUUUACAUAUUGCUAGUUCAUAAAGCUAGGGUCCUUAAAAGAGAUGCAGUAGAAGUAUAGGCUGAUUUCUUCUUGUUCAUCCCUCUGUGUGGUGAAGUUUCAGCAAAGGUAAACACUACACUUCCCACAAUGCAGCUUGAUAGCAGCACUAUUAUGGUGCAUUCCAGUUCAUCUUUGAAGUUGGAAAUUUAGAUAUGCCAAUCAGAUAUGAAUUCAGACUUCCAACUCAGUGGAACUUCAUUUCCCCGAGUUACUAGCUCAUAGUGUCUUGAACAUGAUAAACAUGGGUGUGAUUUCAUUCCCACCUCCAACAUCCGAUUUCCAAGGUACCUAGAUUGUACUAUUAGUCCCUCCAAGUCAGGUAUAUUGCCAGUUUCCUCUAAACUCACCAUCUUUGUUACACUGGUUCUCUGGUGGAAAUGUUGGUCUUCAAGUUGAGAUUUUCAUUUGACAUCAUGACAUCAGGGUAAUUUUGAGUUGUAUAUUAAAUGGACGGUAGCUCACAUUCUUCUUCUUUUGCAUAAAAUUAAGCCAUAGUCCCCCGGCGAUGGCUUUUGACAAGUUGGUGAUGUAAUUUAGAGCCAAGACAUGCAUAUUUAAUUUACCAAUAAAACAUCAAAGAUCCCUUAGAUCAGUACAGUCCACAGCAGAACAUGUUCUUGUGUCAAUUUGAAGCAGAUACAAUCAUGGGAAGUUUAAUGACCCAUUUGGAAUAUUUAAAAUAAAUUUCAUUUUCAUUGACAAAAUCCAACAUAAUACCCUACAUACACUUAUUCUUGACAGGAGAUCUAUGUAUAAGCUAUCCAUUAUUACGACGGUGUAUUAAAGCCACUCUAGAAUAAAAUAAUGAGAAAGAGGAUCUGUUAAAUUAAAAAAAAAGUGAAAUUCUUAAGUUUAAAAAGUUGCUAAUUUACAAGAAAAAAGUAGAUAUUAUUGGCUUUAAAAGUUGUAAAUGUACGUGAACCAAAAUGUAGAAUUUUUUGAGAUCAUAAAGUUGAAAAGUCCAAAACCCAACCACUGUUUUCAGUUUGGUUUCCUGUAAAAAAAUUUUUUUUACUUUACACUGUUGUUAAAAUUAAAAUUUUUUGUAAAUGUCUGACCUUAUAAACUCUGAAAUUCUAAGUUAAUUUUUUUUUUUUUUUUAUAAAUCUACAGAUUUUUUUCCCUAAAAAUGUACAAAAAUGUAAGGGUUUCCUCUCAUUUUACAGCUUAUAGGUUGGCCCUAAUACAUUAGCUUUCUAAUCAUGGUUUUUAUAUCUGAUUUUGACAACGUCAGAGCAGACAGGGUCUGAGAUCUUUGGUGCCCCCCCCUCCAGAGGUGCCUAGACCCCAGGUUGGGAACCACUGGUUGAGACAAUAUGUUGGAGUUUUUCUGCGAUUUUUGAUCAAUUAAAAAAAAAGCCCAAUACUGGGUGGCUAGGACUUGUAACUAGGAUUUUACUUGACUCAGAUCAAAGUUUAUACUUCUGUUGAAAACCACAGAAAAAAAUACGCAGAUAUAUAGAAUAUGUAUUCCCUUUCAGCUAGAAAAUAUAUGCUUUAUGGCCCUUAUCCCCCAGCCCUGUAGGACACAGCGGUCUCCUGUGUGAAAGAAAAACGACUUUCCUGUAACUGUCACAGUGCUCAUUGAUGCAUACACUAACAGAAAACAGCAUUCAACUGUUUUAGCAUGCUGCACAGUUUCCCAGGGUUCCCCUGACUGAUCAUAAUGUGAAAAAGCAGCGGAGUGCCCCUUUAAUUCCAGACUGAAAAUGUCUGAAAACAUAAAUCUGCUUUAUCGGAUAAAACCCCCUGAUUGGCUGCUAUUUUGCUCCAAUUUCAAAAAUUACAAGGAGUGUUUUCCAAAGCUAAAACUGUAGCAGGACAGAUGCAUGAUGGGGGAUUUAGAUGAUGUCUACUGCUGUAGAUUCCCACAUGUCAAAUCACUAACAUAACCCUGUUAACGGCCACAUGCAGAGCGUCCUUUCUCACAGCCAAACACUUGGGGUCGUUUGAGUGACUGAGUGUGACUGUGUGAGUGUAAACGUUAGGGACACGUUUUUGUUGUGAGGUGAUAUGUUCAAUGUCAAACCUGUGUUGUAAAAGAAAAUUAUGACACCUUUUAUUUUCAAACGUAGCUGCACGGGAGAUGAAAAAGAAGACUGUACUUGGGAUCCAUACAGUUCUAUAUAUAUAUAUGUAUGUACAAGACUUGAAAUCCAUUACUGUGCCACUUUACCUAAAGGGAGCUAAAUUAUUUAGACUUCGUGUCUCCAGGAGGAUGAGUUCAGGAUGUGCUUCACUUUUAUCCCGAAGUUUAGCAACACAAUUUAUUUUUAAUGGACCAAACCAGCUUAGCGACCCAGCCUGUGUGCCAUUAGUCACGUCAAUGUCACACAGAUUCAUUAUUAAUGUUCAGCAAAUUUAACUACCCGACUCUGAGAACAGGAAGAGAUCUACAAGCCUAAAGACUAAAUUCCCAUUAUGGCUGAAAUCUCUGCCAGGGAAACCUCAAAGCCCCGUUACUAAGCUGUAAUUUCCCCUGUUAAAGAACCUUGAAAAGGUUUAAAAGCAUCCGCCACAGGCCAGGACGGUGUUGUGAGGUAUUUCUGUGUAAUGCUGUGUACAUAUUGUUGUAGACACUUGAAGGAAACUGUUUGUGGCGUUAAAGAGGAAAUGCUCAUUAAUAUAUUCAUUCAUGAGUUUUUAUGUUGAUAAAAUGCUUAAAAUAAUAAAA